AUGGCGCACGCGACGCUCCUCCGGUCCCUACGACCAAAUCUCACCCUCCGACGCCCCCUCCUUCAAUCUCUCCUCUACCGAUCUGCUCACACUCGCUCGCAAGGCCAAUUCCAACCAUUCGUCCCACCCUCGCCAGCCUCCCUGGGAAAACCCCAAGCCGCAAAAACCUACCCCCGCACUCGAAAAUGGCUCCGCCGACUCCUCUACGCCUCAGCCUUCACAGGAAUAAUCUACACAAUCGACAACCAAUUCUACGCCGCCUCCCUAACGCGCACAGCGCGCACAUUCUCUCUCGGCCUCCUAGUAGCCCUAGAUUACAAAAUCAAUUUCACACCUCACCCGCCAUUCGCCAGUUCCAUCACGGCGCUUCAUGCCCGUAAUGCGGAGCGGUUAUCGGAUCUACUACGUCAUAAUGGCGGGCUGUAUCUGAAGAUGGGCCAGGCCAUCGCGAUGCAGUCGGCUAUUUUGCCGCCGGAGUUUCAGCAUAUGUUUUCAAGAAUGUUUGAUGAUGCGCCGCAGAAUGAUUGGAAGGAGAUUGAGAAGGUUAUAAGGGAGGAUUUUGGAAAGUCGCCUGAGGAGGUGUUUGGGGUUUCCUUUACGGGGGAGCCCGGGAAGGGUGUUAUGGAGCGGAAGGCUCGUGCGAGUGCUAGUGUUGCUCAGGUGCAUUGGGCGAGAUUACAGGAUGGGAGAGAGGUUGCGAUUAAGAUUCAGAAGCAUGAGAUUGUGCAGCAGUUGGCGUGGGAUUUGUGGGCUUUUAAACUGGAUGGAAAAGAGACUAACCAUUCUUUUAGAGUUGUAACCUACAUUUACAGCAACUUGUUCGAUAUUCCUUUCUACAGCUUGGUUCCUUACAUUAGCGAACGUCUGUCGCUAGAAACCGAUUUCGAGAACGAAGCGACUAACUCCGAGAAUAUGGCCCGGUUGGUAGCUGGCGAACCUAGACUCCGCGAUCGCGUCUACAUUCCAAAAGUCUUCCGCGAGCUGAGCUCCAGGCGUGUAAUGACCGCGGAAUGGAUCGAAGGUGUUCGACUUUGGGACAAGGAUUCAAUCACUCGAUCAUGGCGCGGUGGCUGGCGACAGGGUACCCCAGGAUGCCACGGCACGCCUCUAGAUCCUCCAAAGACAAUCCCCCAACCUCAAAACCUUCGAACCGGACAACUGAAACCCGAGCGCACCACCUGGAAAGGUCAAAACGGUCGCGGAGGACUAGGCCUAUCACUGAAAGACGUCAUGACAACAAUGGUUGAUCUCUUUUCUGCCCAGAUGUUCCUAUGGGGAUGGGUACACUGUGACCCGCACCCAGGCAACAUUUUUAUUCGUCGCAAACCCAAUGGAAAACCGGAGCUGGUACUCAUUGACCACGGGCUAUACAUUCACAUGGACCCUGACUUCCGCCACCAAUACUCACGAUUCUGGAAAGCCCUCUUAACAUUUGACAAUAAAACACUCGCUGAAAUCGCCAAGGGGUGGGGCAUCAACAACCCCGAGGUAUUCGCCUCAGCGACACUAAUGCGUCCAUACCGCGGAGGAGAGAAUCAGUUCCAGCGUGGCAUUGAUAAGCUCAGUAAAGCCGAGCGCCAGGAGCGCCACUACGAGAUGCAGCAGCAAGCCCGGAGAGCUAUUCGCGAAAUGCUGGGCGACGAAACAAAAUGGCCACAGGAACUGAUCUUCAUUGGACGGAACCUUCGGAUUGUCCAAGCAAACAAUCAGUUCCUUGGCUCACCUGUGAACCGGCUCAAGAUCACUGCGACUUGGGCAUCACGGGCGCUUGUGGAGUCGCCCGAUUUACCGUUGGCGGAGAAGAUCCGUAAUCUCGGACGACAUGUUGUCUUCCGACUUGUGCUGUUGACUAGCGAUAUCUUUUUUUACUUUACCAAGAUCCGACAAUUCCUCCAUCUUGGAGGAGGUAUGGAGGAUGAGAUCGAAGCCCAGAUGCAGGGCAUUGCUAAAGAUAUGGGUGUAGAGCUAAACCAAAGUAUUUUUGAGGGAUAA